AUGCCGCAGCGCACAGUGGCCGAGAAACGAUGGCACCAAGCCUGGGAAUCAUUGAAGAAGGAAGAUAAAGACGAAAUCAAACUAGACCCCACUCGAGCGGGUUAUUUGGACAUUCUUCAAGACAUUCACAAUCUUGCUACCGAGAAAAAAGAAGUAUGCAUAAAAAAAGCAUGGAAAUACAAAAAGAACAAUGGCACAACGAUAAUUGUCCGAGAUCUCUUCGAAAAAAUACUUGUUUGGGUGAACAAAGUAAAGGAUAUCGGAGAUAUAAUCGUCAGUUACGAUCCUGGACAUGCAGCUCUCCCUUGGGCAGCGGUGCGAUUGCUUCUUACGAUUGCAGUUGAAGAUAGUCAGUCGUUUGGGGUUUUGAUCGAGGGGUUGGAACAAAUCUCAAAGCUGAUCGCUCAGUGCAAGGUGCUCGAAGAUCUCUACUCACAAGCUGCUGGUGACACGGGCUUUGAUGAAGCCUUGCUGGAACUUUAUGCCGCGAUUUUGACAUUUGAGUCACAUGCGAUUCAAAUAUAUCGAAAAAGCACGCCAAGCCGUCUAAUCUCGGCAAUCAAAUUGCCCUCGAAUAAAUUACAAGAUGGUCUUAAAAUGGUAUGGGUCAAACAUCAACGAGUUACAGUUUGUACCAGGUUGAUUGACGCUCAAUUCAUUCGUCAAUUCGAAGAUAUUCUUCGACAAUUUGAACAACCAAUCAUAAGAAGCGCAACAAUUUUACAGGACUUCCAAGAUUCUUUAGAACUCCGAGAGCGCGAGACUUUACUGAGAUGGCUCUCAGAAAUACCGUACCGAAAGCAUCACAAAUUAAAGCGGAGCGAGCGCCUUGAAGGCUCCUGCGAAUGGCUUUUAAGUUCGACCGACUACAACCAGUGGAAGGAUUCAAGUGCAUCGUCUAUACUAUGGCUCAACGGAAUAGCCGGUUGCGGGAAAAGCGUCUUGACGUCUGCCGUGAUCGAAAGUCUUUGUCAGGAGUCUUCCAGCACGGGGACUGCAGCUCCGGUUGCAUAUUUCUAUUGUUCUCGUAACACUGCAGAACCUGAGAGAGCCAACCCCGAAGAAGUUCUACGCAGUAUUUUAGAGCAGGUAUCAUCAAAUACCGCUAACCUUCCAAUCCGAAAGCCUGUUGUUGAGGUUUACGAGAAUUUGGUAAAAGAGAACCGAGGAAUGUCUCCUCCAAAGGUGCUCUUGAACUUGGAUGAGACUACUGAAGUGCUUCUUAAGAUACUUCAAGAAGAUCCUUUCUAUGUGGUGAUCGACGCACUGGAUGAAUGUGACCCCAGUGAAAGAUACAACCUUAUUGAAUCUUUGAAAACUAUCAUUGAUGAAUCUGCCAGUGUUGUAAAGGUUUUCAUUUCAAGCAGGAGAGACAAUGACAUAGUCAGUCAAUUUGAUGAGUCACCAUGCAUCUCAAUUCAACCUAGCCACAUUUCUAAAGAUAUCGAGGAUUAUGUCAAGAAGGAAGUUUCCGAGGCAAUUGAAAAGAAAAGGAUAGUCAAAGGAAAACUUAUACCCGAAGAAAAGAAGAAAAUAGAGCAGCAAAUAACUCAAGCUCUUAUUGAUGGAUCUCAGGGAAUGUUUCGAUGGGUGACCUUGCAGAUACAGCAAUUGUGUAAGCAGGUUAGGGUCAAAGGAGACAUUGAUAGUGUCCUCAGAAAGCUCCCAAAAUCACUUGAGGACUCAUAUCAUCUUGUCUAUCAAGACAUUAUGAGCAUGGAAGAGCCAAGUCGGAAAGUUGCCAUCAGUACAUUACAGGUGUUAUUAAGCACGAGACGAAGACUCAAUCUGGAUGAGAUGCUCGCCGCAGUCACUGUUGACAUUGACACAGACGAAGUCCUGGUCUCUACAGUUGAUGAGUUGCUAGAUGUUUGCUGGAAUCUGAUAAUAUUCGAUGAAGGAGAACGGAUUCUACGCUUUGCACACCUUUCGGUUCGAGAAUUUCUGGAAAAUUGCGCCCCAAGAGAUUGUUUCAGCAUCCAAUCCAGAGAAUUAUUCUUGAUGAAUCGAUGCCUUUACGUUUUCUUAUAUGAAUCUCGCCAUGUAAUCACUUUCAAAGAGCAAGCAGAUGAAAUUAUUCGAAAAAACCUAGAUUUUACAGAUUAUGCAGCAGUGAAUUGGCCUGAGCAUUGCAAAUUGGCGCAGCCCGAUGUGGUGACCAGCGAAUUUUUGAAAAGUUUUAUCGGCAAUGAUCUGGAUAUGGGCUGUAGUGCAUCAUUUAAACGGUGGAUCGAAAAAAAUGGUAUUCGAAGACGCAGAUUCGGCGGCACUUUUAUCAAACACCACACUUUUCGUGGGGAAAUAUAUGCAUCUAUUUUGAUCACAUCCUGUGUAUGCGGAUUGAUGGCAAUUGUCAUGACUUUGUUGUCAUACAAAAACAUUGAUUGCAAUGCGCCCGUGACAGAUUUUUUGGGGAAAUUAUAUUAUCCAUUGGUAUUUGCAGCUGAGGGGGGGCAUGUCAUGAUUGUCAGACAAUUUCUUAGCAGAUAUAGUGACUACUAUGCAAAAGGCAGUCCCGGGCACGAAAUUAUUUACAUCAGUCUUGUUGAAGCUAUCCAGGCCUCGCGUAUUGAAGUUGCAAAGACUCUGCUCGACUAUUUUAUGAUAGAUGUCAACGAUCCGCUCACGAAAGGACUGAUGCAUCGAUACGAAAGUCACAGUCUUCUUGGAAUAGCUGCUGGGAACACUCACGAAGAAAUGGCCAAGUUUCUACUUCAUUGCGGAGCCAAUGUGAAUGGUAAGACCAGGAGCGUUAUCCCUCCUGACGAUAGUGUCAAUGAACUUGAAAACUUGGAUGACAAUUACGAAAGCGUACACAAACAAGAUGAUCAAUACCUUUCGCCUUUGAAAAUUGCUGUAGCACGAUGCAAUACCGCCAUCGUAGAUGCUCUCUGUUCUUUUGGGGCAGAUAUUAUGGUCAAAGAUUCUUCAGGAGCUACACUCAUACAUUGUCUAGCUAAGGGAGAUGAUGCUGAUAUGAGAUUCUACAAUUUUGGACAAUACGCAAGAAUUGUUGAAAACUUAACACGGAAGGGUGUAGAUGUAGCGGCGAUUGAUAAUUCUCAAUGCACGGCCCUGCAUGUUGCUGUAAAUAGGUCAUUUCCUCCGCGUGACCUGAUGCUAGAACUUGUCAAUGCCGGUACGCCUAUUAAUGCACAGAAUAGUGAAGGGGAUACUGCGUUGAAUUCUUUAGUUAUUAAUCCGCGCUAUGAUAAUUCUGAGGGUGUGUUGCUUCUUUUAUCACUAGGUGCAGAUUGUUCCAUUCCGAAUAAUAAUGGGCUUACCGCAUUAGAUAAGGCUAGGAAAAAGGUCAAGGAAUUGCAUUCAUAUGGUCACCGACGACAUUAUCGCGCAUACAUCAUCGAAAUUUUGACUAUAGCAUCACAAGACAAAAUUGCGGAAGAUAUAUGGAGAUUGUUUGUCGAUGAUUCUUAG